AACAAAAUCUGCACCUGGGUCCAGCUGGGCAAGAGCGGUGGCUGCCUCAGAUACUGUGUUGUCCGCGUGGGUAACGGUCGGGAUCUCAAAACACGUGGACAAGGAGGGCAGAGGCAGUUAUGAUGUGUGGACUGUGCUGUUACAUAAGGAAUGAAUUUUAAGUUACUGGAGUGUAAGACUGAGGGGUAGUGUGUGUCAAGUUUCGUGUUUGUGAUGGUUAUAGUUCUCGUUUUAUCAAAAUUGCAAUAUAUAUUCAGAUAUACUGGAAAUACAAAUUGAAUAUUGGUCUUGUGUGUCGAUUUCAUCCGAGGACAAGUAUUGAUAGAACAUAGUUUACGGCGAUCACUCGGCACCUGUUUGUCAGUGAACACCCACAAGACAUAAUAAGGAAAUAAAGAUUAUCAGAAGCAUAUAUCAAGGACCAAUAAAAUGGAGCUUCAGAAUCGGAAAUGCUGUCAGCUGAAAAUGACAACCUGGCAGAAAAUUGCAAGGUUCAUGCUCAUGUUGUCGGCGGCAACAUAUGUGGAUGCGGCAGCAGCGGGUGACUCGUUGGAGGAAGUGGCGAGCGAGGGGAAACUGCACUAUGAGGUGAUCAUGAGGGAAGCCAAGAUGCCCAAGUAUGGCGAUUGUUACCAGAACGCCUUAGAGGAUCUGCACAAUGGCUGUAGCAACCUUGACGACGAGGUAAGUUUUCUAACUCUUAUCUCUUUCUUAUUAAGCCUCAGAACUGCCUCUGAGGAUGUGAGUUCCCAGCUGAGUCGGGCGGUGGACUCGGCAACCGCUCUGCGCAACCAGCUGGACAGCCAGAUGGUAGCGUCCAGGGAGGCAAUUAAGGGCGUUUUUGCCGAAUUCAGGGAAACCACGGCUGAACAACGCGGUCUCAUAGUCGACGUUUUCGACCAAGUUUCUCAACUCCAGUCACUCGUUAUGGGGGAAUUUACGUGGUUUUAUUCUGUUGUGUUUUACGUGAGCGGUGUCCUCGUAACACUCGUCGCCACCUGCACCCCGAGGACAGCGAGUGCCCGUCUGCCUCUCCUCACUAUCCUCGCCUUUUCCCUCACUCUGGAACGAGCUGUGACUGCCUGGCUGCUCGCCAACACGCACAUCGACUCUUUCCAGAUCGAAGUCCACACGGCUGUCUGGGGUAUUCGGCGAGCCUGUGUGUUUGUGUGUUUCCUCUCCCUCAUCCGCGCCCUGCUCUCCUACAGAGACCCCGUUGCAGUCACAGCAGCGCGUCUGGAAGAGCUCGCGUCAGCCACGAGUGAAAUCAAGAAGCUGAUGAAUAAUACACCAGGAGCCUUGGAACUAACCAAUACGACACUAGCUAGUCUAUCUCAGGUCCUAAAUGACAGUGCUUCUUCCGACGACACGUAUGAGCCCAGUGAUGCUUCGGGUAUCGAAGACCAGUUACUCGAUGAUUAUGAUUUCGAGAAGGAGUCAGGUGGAUGGUCGACCUCAAGAUACUCCCUGAGGAGGCGCCAGAACGAGACGAAAGUCCAGAACCCAGUAGUGAGCAUGGAGAGUCCUGAGGCCUUUGGCAGGACAGUCCGCCGCAUGGAGAACAUUUCCAUGCACCGUUCGCGUGUUCAGGCCCGUCGUCUGUCUAAGAGCACGCAGCAGGCCAGUGUGACGAAGAUUUCAGACAUUUCCUAUGGUCACUUUGCAGACAGGACGAAAGAUUCAGGAAUCGAGUCUCUGUCUGGUUAGAUUGUGGAUUUUUUCUUCAUUAUACAAAAACAAACUCAAGUUUCUACUUGAGCUAUUUCCCUUUUAAUUUUUAUAAAACGAAGGUUGUGUGAUAAAAGUUUUUUAAAAGUGCUAGCUAUACUGUUUUAUAUGCAUAUUUUCUAAAGUGCUAGCAAUGUUGUCGAAUGUAUAAAUAUUUAUCAGUAACAAUUUAUUCUGAUAAUUAUUUGGGCCCUCAUUCGAAAAUGGUCAAAUGUAUGUCCAUUUUCUUUUACUUGCAAUUACAGAAUGUUAUAUAAUCGACAGUUACUGGAGAGGCCAUAUUUCCAUAUUAAUUUAAUUAAAACAUACAAAUCUGUUUUUUAGCAUCUCAAGUGUGAUUUUGUUUCGGGUUCUGAUAGUCUUUUUUUGUUUUUUGUUAGGAAGUAUUUUGAGCCCUAUGAAGGACAUUGAAUAAUUGAGCGAUGUAGCUAGUUUUUAAAUACUAAUUUUAAAUAUUACCAUACAAUAAUUUGAUUGAUUGAUGUAUGUAUAUAUCUUCGCUAUUGUAAUUAUAUGCAAGGUUUUACAAUUGUGUGAAGUGCUAAUAAAGAGUACAUAAGAAGA